GAUGCUCGAUAAGGUGGAACUAAAAACCAAUAUGGCGGCGUAAAGCUCCGGUUGACACCGUUCAUCAACAAACAAUACUGAAGGCCAGCGGACGCUGGUUCGUCGAGUUCACUGUGACAAUUCAGAAAGCUGAAUUACAAUGUUGGAACUGUGAGGACAUCGGAGGAUACUUUAACGAUGAAGGGAAGAUAAUGGAUAAACGCCAGACAUCUUCUGUAUUCUAUUGGAUUUCUAUGUCGAGGAUACAGUGAAGUGAAUUUGUUACCCUGAAAAGUGCCUUUAAUUGUUUUCACACUGAAUGCUUGUAUACGAAUCACAUGUUAUAAUUCUGUGCAUUUCAGGAUCUACCUUAUUACUCAAUUAAGUAAGAACUUACCAAGAAGACUGAUAUAGAUCUCAAUAAUGUUUGUAUAUUUGAGCAAGAAGAUCUCCAUACCGAAUAACUUUCGAUUAAAUUGCAUAGCAUGGAAUCAAAAGGAUGGCUAUAUCGCUGUUGGAGGAGAAGAUGGUCUCUUAAAGGUAUUGCGUGUAGAUUCCAGUGUCAGUGGAUCACACAGUGGUGGAAAAUCCAGAGGCUUAGCGGCAGCGAGUAAUUUGAGCAUGAAUCAACCUUUGGAAGGGCACAAUGGUCAUGUUCAAGUGGUCACCUGGAAUGAGGAACAUCAAAAGUUAACUUCCAGCGAUCAGAAUGGAGUUAUAAUUGUUUGGAUGUUAUACAAAGGAUCAUGGUAUGAAGAAAUGAUAAACAACCGCAAUAAAUCUGUGGUGAAAGGCAUGGCAUGGAGUUGUGACGGUCAAAAGAUAUGUAUAGUUUAUGAAGAUGGAGCUGUAAUUGUUGGCUCUGUCGAUGGCAACAGGAUCUGGGGUAAAGAAUUAAAGAAUAUUGCGCUCUCCGCUGUGCAAUGGUCUCCAGAUGGAAAAUUGCUUCUGUUUGGCUUGAAAAACGGAGAAGUUCAUCUUUACGAUAAUCAGGGCGUAUUCCUGACGAAGUUAAAUGUACUCUCAUUAAAUACAAGUCAGCUUCAGACCAUCAUGGCGUUACAAUGGUACGAUGGAAAAAAUGGCUACGUUGCCAUAGACUGUCCUACUUUGGCUAUCUGUUAUCGUAAUGGUAGGAUACAACUGAUGCGCGAUACCAACGACGAUAAUCCAAUUACGAUGGAGACCGGCUUAACCGCCUCUUGGUGUUGCUGGAACAGUUGCGGCUCCUUGUUGGCGGUGACUGGUAUGAUGCCGUUGCUCAACAAUGGAGAGACCAAGGACACCAAUGUCAUACAAUUUUACACGCCAUUUGGUGAACACAUGAGAACCCUGAAGGUACCAGGUAGAGAGGUAACGUGUUGUGCCUGGGAAAAAGGUUCGCUCAGGGUCGCCUUAUCCGUUGACUCGCACAUAUACUUCGCGAAUAUUCGUCUGGACUACAAAUGGACAUAUUUCAGCAACACGGUCGUUUUCACGAACGAGAAAAUCGGCAAAGAUGGCACCUGUGUGACGUUUUGGAACACGAGUAGCAACACAUGCUGCACCAAAUACGUAAGGUCUCUAAUAUCGAUAGUCUCAUACGGGGAGCACUGUGUGUUGUCUGUGAAAAAUGAUCCCGCUCAAGCCACUGAACAAUUCGCUCUGCUCGUCUGCAACACCAUUGCCACGCCUAUAGACUCCAAGUUCCUGGAUCUAGAACCGUUGUACCUAACGAUGACCGCGAACGCGGUAGUGGCCGCCUCAAAGAACAACUUUCUCGUGUGGAACUUUCGUACACCACGCAAUUCGACCCUGCAUUCCGGCAGAAUGCGCAAAUACAAGAUUUACCACGUGGACGAGACGCCGACUGGCGUGACGGAAGUUAUUCAGGAUCUAGAUAAGGAUGGCUCUUAUGAGACACCCAUUAGCACGAAGGCUACUGUGGAUCCCAUUUGCUGUGUCUACGCCACCGACAAGGUCCUCUUGAUCGGCCGGGAAUCGGGGAUGAUUCAGCGAUACUCGUUGCCGCAAAUAACACUCUUAAACAGGUAUAACACCGCAUGCAGGCUGCAUAGAAUCGCCAUUAACUGCGACUCCACACGCGCCUCUAUAGUAGACGCCAACGGUAUCCUCACUAUGCUGGACUUAGAUCCGCAGAAGACACCGGGCUCACGAGACUCGCGAGAUGGAGACUCGGGCGAGGACGUGUCCAAAUUCGAGAGGAAAGACGUGUGGGCUGUGUGUUGGGCACGGGAUAAUCCUGCGCUCCUGGCAAUCAUGGAGAAGACCAGGAUGUAUGUUCUGAGGGGACUCGAUCCUGAGGAACCAAUAUCUUGCUCCGGAUAUAUCUGUUCUUUUCAGGAUCUAGAGAUACGUUGCGUCCUUUUGGACGAUCUCGUGCUGAAGCCUGAUGACACGCGAAAGGAAUUGAUCGUCGAUCUAGAAGUGAAAUCCCUAAGAGACACGCGAGAGCUGCUGGCCAAAGUGGGCCUAAAAGAGGCUAACAAUUUUAUUCAGGACAACCCGCACCCGCGUCUUUGGCGUCUACUGGCUGAAUCAGCCUUGACUAAACUGGACCUGGAGACUGCGGAGAACGCAAUGGUGCGGUGCACGGAUUACUUGGGCAUACAGUUCAUCAAACGUUUGCAGAAUGUGCACAAUGAUCAGCUGAAGAAGGCCGAAGUAGCGGCGUUUCUCGGCGAUUACGAUGAGGCCGAGAAGCUAUAUCUGGACAUGGACAGGAGAGACUUGGCGAUUGCGCUGCGCCAAAAGUUGGGUGACUAUUUCCGGGUGGUGCAGCUUAUGAAGAUGGGUAUCGGUGGCUCAGACAAACAGAUGGAGCACGCGUACAACAAGAUCGGCGAUCACUUCGCUGAGAGGCAGAACUGGGAAAGUGCCAGGGAUUACUACGAGAAAGGCAGGAACCUGGAGAAGCUCAUCCAAUGUUACUACAAGCUGGAAGAUUUCCCUCAACUGGCGGCCACCGUGGACCAGCUGCCAGACAAGAGCCCGGUCCUGAAAACUGUAGCGAGGAUGUUGGCCUCGGUGGGUAUGUGUUCGCAAGCAGUAGCAGGUUAUAUCAAGUAUGGUGAUGUCAAGUUAGCUGUGGACACAUGUGUGCGCCUGAAUCACUGGGAUCAAGCGGUCGACCUAGCCAAGACCUACAAAAUGGCACAGAUUGGUGAGUUAUUGAGCAAGUAUGCUAAUCAUCUGCUGUCAAAUGGUAAACGUCUGCAGGCGAUCGAGCUGUACAAGAAGGCUAAUUACAACCUGGAGGCGGCCAAAUUACUGCUUCGCCUAGCCGAAGAGCAAGCCAAGUGCAAGUCGCAUCCUUUGCGCGUGAAGAAGAUCUACGUUCUCGCAGCAUUACUGAUCGAAGAACAUAUCAACAAUGUACCAGCGAUUAAAGGUGGUCGCAGCAACGUCGUGAUGGGCCUAACCGAGAGCAACGAGGACACCAGGAUCAUAGAAAAUGCUUGGCGCGGCGCCGAGGCGUACCACUUCCUCCUGCUCACACACAGGCAGUUGUACAACGGUAGCUUUGACGCCGCGAUGAAAACGGCCCUGCGGCUCCGAGAGUACGAGGACAUACUCGAGGUAGAAGACGUCUAUUGCCUGUUGGCACUGUCGAGCGCCGUUAAUCGCGCAUUCGCUACCUGCUCGAAGGCCUUCGUCAAACUGGAGUCGCUGGAGACGAUCGCGUCGACGAAGAGAGAGGAAUAUGAGGAACUGGCGGUGGAUAUCUUCACGAAGCACAUCCCCAAGGAUUCGCGCAACAACAAGGCGGAAUGCGUCAACUGCGAGACUCUGGUACCCGACUGGUGCGUCUCAUGUCCGAAUUGCUGCACCAGAUUCCCAGCCUGCAUCGUCUCGGGGAAGCCAUUGAUGGAUCUCAGCGUCGCAUGGAUCUGCACCAUCUGUAGGCACCACGUUGCGACGGAGCGCGAUGUCGUUAAUAUUAACGCUUGUCCUUUGUGCCACAGUACCAUCACGUAUAUGUGAACGGUGCAACAUAAACACUAGUCUAGCGCGACAGGGCGAUACACGUGGUAUCAUUUCGAGCAAUUAUCGUAUUAAGAUUCCUAGUCCCUCAUCGUGGAGAUUUCAACUGAUGUGAAAAAAAAAGGAAAUUCAUGUUAAAAAUUCCUACGGAUUAUAUUGAAAUUAAAAAAUAUUUCCAUUAAAUCACACUUGCAAUCAAUUGACCACAUUUUCAAAAUGUUCCAGAAAUUCUCUUUCUGCUUUAACAGGCAAUAAAUAACUAUAAAAUUAAAAUGAUAUGUGAAAUCCCUCGCUAUUUGUAACUUCUCUUUUCUCAUGAUUUGGCUAUGUUAAUUUAACGGUUAUUCAAAGUUGUUACAGCAAGGAAAAAGGAGCCUUAAAAUGAUAAUAUGCAUUACGUUGUAGUGGUAGUAGUAUAAUAAUUAUCUCUUUUAAAUAAUGAUUUCUUGACGAAGGAAAUAGGUGAUUUCUUUUGGCAUAUGUUGGCACUGGGGAAAUCUCGUAAGUUUGUAAAAACUUUUGAAAUAUUGCGUGUGCUUUAUACUGUGCAUGUCAAAACAUUCCGUCCAAUUUUUCCGUCCAAAGUUACUGACUAAUUACUCAAUAAAUACUAAGUAAUAGUAACAUUAAUCAAUAUUAUAAUUUUUCGCUUAACAAUACAACUGUUAUGUACAAUGUGUGUUAUAUUAUAUUUGUAGUAUUCUGAGUGAAGUAUAAUAUUGAUGUAAUGUUACUGGAAAUUAGUGUUUGCUGGGUGACAGUCAAAAUGUCUGUAAGAUCGUCGUGUAAUGAAUUUCUUCUCUGCACUUAAGUACAAGCUUUUGUUGAUCUUUAUUUUUUGUAAGGUAAAUCAUAGUUAGUAAUAGAGUAGGUGUGUAAUAUCUUUCCCUUUUAGAUAAUAAUCUAAGUAAUAAUUUCUUAAGACAGGGUAAUUGGUUCCUCUCGGCACAGUAUAUGUAUGAGAGAAUACUGAAGGUUUAUAUACCAGGUGUGUCGGUAAUUCCUUUCCGGUUUUUUCACUAAA